CGUAGGCGGCUGGCAUAGACGAGUGGCGCUGGCAAGGGCCGGGGCAGAGGGCGAGCAUCUGCUCCUACUCGGCCGGAGUAGGACUCCAGUUCUGGGGUCGACCUCAGUUUCUAAGCCAGCUGCUUUUCCUCUUGGUGUCCAGCCGAUGUGGCGACAGUGGGUUGCCAGCACCCCGGAGCUUGCCAUCCCGAGUCCAGCUAGCCGGGAACUUGGAAGCAAUUGUGAUUCAAAGUGCUUGGUCCAUCUUUACUAAGAAAGAAGUCCGCUCGUUGAGAACCCCAGAAGUACAGGUCUCUCCAGUUAAGGAAUUCAUACCCCUUAGUGACGCUGCUGAACGCAGCGCUAGACGAGGAUACAGUUCCUGCUGGGCAGCGCCGCUUAUGGGAGUCCGCAGCUCAGCGUUAGGUGCUGCAGAAGCUCGCCCGGUGAGAAGAGGCAACUAACUCUCUGAAAGUCUUGAGUUUUAAAGAAUGUUAUGAGCAAAACAAAACGUGUCCUUGGAUUUGAUCUCGAACACAGGCUGCAGAGCUCUGACCUCAAUUCAAGCAAAAUGUCCCUAGUUUUAGUGAACUAAGGAGCUGAGAGCAUCUUCUGGGCAGUGUCAGGCUAGGUGCGGUUAGGAGAGAGGUUGCUGGAGGUGCCCUCGGUGGGUGAAUUCCUUCUUCAGGAGUUAUCGAAUCUUCUCCAGGUUACCAUCAGGCUCUUUUGGGACCUAGAGUGGGGUCAGGCCCUGCUGGGAAUCUUACUGUAUCACACAGAUUUCAGAAAGAGUCUGACUGUGGAGCAAGACAUGAUGAAGGUUGAGCUACUGCCUGCCCUGACUGACAACUACAUGUACCUGGUCAUUGAUGAGGACACCCAGGAGGCUGCCGUUGUAGACCCAGUGCAACCCCAGAAGGUUAUAGAAACUGUGAAAAAGCACCGUGUAAAGCUGACCACAGUGCUCACCACUCACCACCACUGGGACCAUGCUGGUGGGAAUGAGAAGCUGGUGAAGCUGCAGCCUGGACUGAAGGUUUAUGGAGGUGAUGACCGCAUUGGGGCCUUGACGCACAAAGUCACACACCUUUCCACACUGCAGGUGGGGUCUCUCACUGUCAAAUGCCUGUCAACACCCUGCCAUACUUCGGGACACAUCUGUUACUUUGUGAGCAAGCCAGGUAGCUCAGGGCCUUCUGCUGUGUUCACAGGUGACACAUUGUUUGUUGCUGGCUGUGGGAAGUUCUAUGAAGGAACUGCAGACGAGAUGUACAAGGCGCUGCUCGAAGUCUUGGGUCGGCUCCCUCCAGACACAAAAGUCUACUGUGGCCAUGAGUACACCAUAAACAACCUCAAGUUUGCGCGCCACGUGGAACCCAGCAAUGCUGCCAUCCAGGAGAAACUGGCCUGGGCCAAGGAGAAGUAUGCCAUCGGGGAGCCCACGGUGCCAUCCACCCUGGCAGAGGAGUUCACCUAUAACCCCUUCAUGAGAGUGAAGGAGAAGUCUGUGCAGCAGCAUGCUGGUGAGACGGACCCUGUGACUACCAUGAGGGCCAUCCGCAGGGAGAAGGACCAGUUCAAGGUGCCACGGGACUGAGACACACAGGGACGGGGACUUUUAAGUGACUGUCCUGCUGCUCGUGCAGGAUCUAGUCUGCUUUUAUUUUAAGUUAAUCCAGAGUCCCUAGCUUGUGUUAUCAAAUGUUCUAAUGCAUAUUUAUAAGAGAAAAAGGUUAAAAGUAUUUAUUCCCAUAA